GGGGGAGAGCGCUUCUUUUUAAGGCAGGGUGGGUGGUUAGAUAAAGAGGAAAUACAAGUGGCAGAAUAAGAUGCAGUGACAAGGACACCGAAGGAGGACACGGCAGGACAUGUGCAGCUAGAGAUGGGGAGCCCCCCUCAUCGUGCUCAUUAAUAAGCAGGUGACGAAACAGGUGUGGGGACACCCAGACAUAAGCCCGUCUCACCCACAAGCCGCGGCUCUGGUCUACUGAUGCCAACGUUCCACACAGGUACCAAGGAGGGGGACCAAGGAAUUAGCCGGUUGCUGGUUGCUGUGAGAUGCCCUGGGAGCAUCUAUGGAUAUAGCACGCAAAAUAAACAAUAUUUACACUGGCCACCUAGAGGACGUGUCACCAUGUGCCCUCAAGGAGAAGAGUAAUCUCCAAAACUCCAUGCCUCGACUUCCCCAAGACGCUCUGAACCUGCUAGAGAUAGCCCUGGUUUUAAAUACCAUGGGAUGCAUCCAAAGUCUCAACUGCAAACCCAAAAGUUUCAAAGAGUCUAUCUUGAUCCCUGAGAUCAAAGCCUCCAUUGACUCCACCCCUACCAGCAUCGAUGAGUCCUCCAACAUGGUCCUCAGAUACAGAACACCCUAUUUCCGCGCAGUCGCCCAAGUUAUAGUGCCUCCUAUCGCUGUUAAGGAGACCUGGAAAGUUGGAUGGAUCCAAGCUUGCAACCAUAUGGAGUUCUAUAACUACUACGGGUGCUUGGGCAUGUCCAGCUGGGAGCUGCCAGAUCUGGAGAAGGGUAAAAUCCCUGCAAUAAGCGAUUCUGAUGGAGUAAACUAUCCCUGGUAUGGAAACACCACAGAGACAUGUACAAUCAUUGGCCCAACCAAACAAGAUACCAAAUUCACUGUUAGUAUGAAUGAUAAUUUUUACCCGAGUGUGACAUGGGCAGUACCGGUGGGUACAGGCAAUUUGCCCCAGCUGACAGGUAUUCACAGGGACCAAAGCUUUACCACCUGGCUUGUGGCUAUUAACAUGGCCAGUAAUGACAUUAUUAUCUUGCACACCAUCAAAUGGAGGAUGAAGUUGGAAAUUGAUAUUGAUCCCACCAUGCCACUAGGACGGAGAUCCAAAUUAAAGAAACCAUAUGCCCAAGAGCAGCCAGUGGUUCUAAACAAGAAUGAACCAAUACCUCCAAGCGCACUCAUAAAACCUAAUGCCAACGAUGCCCAGGUGCUGAUGUGGAGGCCGAAAAAUCAAAAGCCAGUUGUGGUGAUCCCACCCAAACGUCGAUGAGCUACACAAUGCUGCUAAUAAACAACAAGAGAACCAAAAAUCUUGUAUGCUGUUCUUGCUUUAUUCAAAUUGCGGGUAACACUGUGUUAUUUUACCUACAGGGUCAAAGAGGCUUCUCCCACCGACAAACGUCUGAUGUAAAUCCAGCAUUUUGGUGACUUUUUUUGUCUUUCAUCAAACUUUUGCUUGUUUGGUCAACUUGGGGUGGAUAAGAAGAAAAUCUAAUCCUGUAAUUUCCCAAAUAAGUGUCUCCAUUAUAGGAGAAAACCUUAACUGGUUGGAGCUUUUUAGUGUUAUAUUUUUUUUUAGGAACUUAAUCUGACAAAUCCAGUUCUAGGGGCGAAGCCUUUGUUGUUGACAUCUGCUGUUCUGGUCGAACAUAUAUAUAUAUAUUAUUUAUGAUUUCCCAAGUCUGCCUCCCAUAUGUUGCUUAACUUAAUCUGUUAGUUUGCCAAAUCCCCCUCCGGUACCGAUCUGCUGCUGAUGCCACUUUUUUUAUCUUAGUCUUACAAAUAAAGCUGUGGAAUUUUUGAAAUUGGGAGAUGACACUGGGCAUGUUGUGUACAAGUGAGUUAGCGUUUUUUUUCCCAUAAACUCAGGGGUAGGGUAGCAAAAUAUUUUGCAAUUAGAGGGUGAACUAUGCAUUGCUGUGCAAUGGCUUUAUACCCCUCAUACAGAGAAGCUGCUUUUUAUAAAAAAAAUAUAUGUAUAUGUCUGUCGUGAUUUAAAAUGGUACAUCUAUGGGGUUAAAGCUCACCUAAUGUCCUUAUAUAGAGAGUAAGGAAACGGUUAAGGGACGCAGAAGUCAACUUUAACCUUUUAUGAUUCAGAUAGUGCAUAUAACUAAAAAAAAGGUUCCAGUUUACCUUUAUCAUCAAAUGUACCUCUUCUCUUGUGAACCUUUAUUAAAGGGACAUGAACCCCACAAUUUUUCUUUCAUGAUUUAGGUAGAACAUAAAAUUUUAUACAACUUUACAGUUUACGUCUAUUAUCAAAUUUGUUUCAUUCUCUUGGUAUCAUUUGUUGAAGGAGCAGCAAUGCACUACUGGUUGCUAACUUAACACAUGGGUGAGCCAAUGACAAUCGGUAUAUAUAUGCAGCCACCAAUCAGCAGCUAGAACCUAGGCUCUUUGCUGCUCCGGAGUUUUCCUGGAUAAACCUUUCAGCAAUGGAUAACAAGAGAAGGAAGCAAAUUAAAUAAUAGAAGUAAAUUGGAAAGUUGUUUAAAAUUGUAUUCUCUGUCUGAAUCAUGAAUGUCUAAUUAUUACUUUACUGUCCCUUUAAGCUCCUAUCCAUGAGACUAUAGUGAGGUGAGCUCAGAAGCACUAUAUGACAGCAGUGUUUGUAAAUGUUUCACACAUGGUGCUCAAGACACGUGUUCACUUCUGAGCAUACCUCAGUAUGCUCACAUGGAAAAGAAAGAGGUCAAAUUGAUCAUAUAUAUAUAUAUAUAUAUAUAUAUAUAUAUACACUGUAUAUAAACUGAAAGUUGUGUUCUAUAUCCCUUUAAAUGUUGGUUUUCUGAAGAUGUUAAGUUUAACCCCUGUAAGGGACAAUAUUAUCAGGAAACCAAAUGCACUGUAUUAACAAACGUUUUAAAGAGAUGCACUGGGGUAUGAUUAAAACAUCUUUCAGUUUUUGUUUAGGACACUGGUUUGAUAAAGUUUGUUUUGAAUCAGUCUUCUGUCUGGUUAAACACAUUACCAUAAUGUGUGUGCAGCUACAGCAAAGGCAGUGAUGAGCGCUGGUUAUAAAAAAGGACAAUAGCAGGAUACACAUUGUAUGUGAAUAUUCAUAAUGAUCUGCUUGAUUUGAUCUCAUUUAAAUGUUUCUGUUUCCUGUGUGAUAAUGUUCCUUUAACGCCUUAUCUGCCAUAAAGAACAGACAGAAGGUUAUGCCUUUAAAAGUAUUGCAAUAUUUAAUAGGUUUCUUUGUGUUAGUAGUGUGAGAUGCCUUUUAAACGAGAAGCAAAAAAAAUCUGAAACUCCUUGAAGAAUAUUUCUCCACUAAAAGGUAUCACUACCUACAGCAAGGGUAAUGCACUGAAUAUGUUUUAUUACUGGUAAGAGAGGUCUGAGCAAGGUACACAGCUAUCAUUCGGCAUCUCAAUAAAAUAAUCACAGCAAUUCUCAAUAAAUGACCAACUGCUGUGUACUGGUUCUUGCUUUCAUUCUGCAACUUGAAGUUUUGAAUAAUAAACAGACAAAUUCAAAUAUUUACAAAAAAA